AAAUAGGACGCAGACAAAUAUUCCCAAAAUCUCAGAAUUUUAGAAGACACCAAAAACUCACAUACUUCAUCAUCAUGGUCGCUCAUGUCUAGGAAUGAUGGAGAAGAAGUCAUAGCUAACUACGGAUGCAACACUUGGGGACUCAAACGAUCUCUAGGCUCUUACAUCAAGAGAAACGAAUUCAGAGUCUGUGCUUACACGGACUUUGAGUUGAUUUUGAUCAGUGAAGUCUCUGUCUGGGUGAAGAACCGAUCCUUGUACGUGGCUAAUCCAGUUUCAUAGGAAUGCGUAGAGAUCCUUCCUCAGCAGAAAGAAGAUUCCUGGCCCUUGGGAAUUGCCACACGAACUGAGAAUGGUGUUCUUUUGGAUUAGAAAGUUGUUCUGUUUAACUGUAAUGGGUGCAACACAAGAGAUAGAUAUAGAAGCCUUGCUAAUAUAUUCAUCUGAGACUG